AUUUUUGAAUGAUCUUGAAGACCAAAACAAGCCCAGUUGUGGCCUGGAUUUAAAAUAUGGGUGGUGAAUGCCCCCACCACUACGCAACCCUGCAAUUAUGAUAAACAAUUCGCAUUGACUUUCUCCACAGCAAGACAAAAAAGCUGAAACCACCCCUGCACUGAUGAAAAUGAAAUCCCAACCUUUGAUCACUUUAUCUCAUUCCAUAGUUGUUCUUGCACCUCCAUCUUUCUCUCUGAAUUUGAUCAGAAUCCCUGGAAAGAAAAAAAUAAGAAAGAAAAUCAUGAUUUGAAUCCCUCUUUGUUUGAUUGAUCCGUCUCUGUUCUUGAAUGGCUCUUCACCACAGAAAGCUUCUGCCUGCUGAAGCUGAUAAGAGCUAUGCUCCGUCCUGUUACAUGUGUUAUGUCUGCCCUGACGAUUGCUAUCUCCAGCCUCCGCCACCGCAGCCUCCGCCUUUCCCCCCCAAGACCCACCAAAUCUCGACGAUCUUCAUCCUCAUGCUCUGCGUCCUCGCCGCCGUGUUCCUGUUUCUAUCCUACCUCACCGUCCGCAAAUUCCGAAAUUCCAGGCGGGGAAACUCUGCCGGAAAUGGCAACUUGACGGAAGAUUUCAUCGACGAGCACCAGGCGCCCCUCGUCGAUCACCCCAUAUGUAUCUGUAAAAACAGGUACAUUCGCACUGUCGGACUCCCUCAAUCGGCAAUUGACUCGAUUUCAGUGUUCAAGUACAAGAAAGGCGACGGCUUGAUAGAGGGCUGUGACUGUUCUAUCUGCCUGAAUGAGUUUCAAGAAAAUGAAAGCCUCAGGCUCCUGCCGAAAUGCAGCCACGCUUUUCACGUAUUGUGUAUAGAUACCUGGUUGAGAUCACACAAGAAUUGCCCCGUCUGUCGGGCCCCCAUUCUGAUCAGCACAAAUGUAAAUGCUAAUCUGCCGACAGGUUCGUCAGAAACGAGCAAUACUAAUUCGAAUGAGGCUGAGAAUGCAGAGGAAACUCCAGACGAAACGACGAGGGGUAUGGCUGAUGAAAACAGGCGAGCAAUGCCGGUGCAGGACGACACGCUGGCCGGCAAGUUACUGAGAAAUGGGAAUUUCAGGGUACUUAGUGAUUUGACCGAUCAUUGGGUGAGGUCGGAACGAGAAUUGCAGCAGGUGAGGAGGGUUGUCUCGAUGGAUCACUCGCUUGUGCUGGAUAACGAUUCGUGUAAGAAAGGUGAAGGGUGUUCGGGUACUAAAUUAGUGGAACUAGUUGAGAAGCAAGACUUUGGCAGGGUUGGGAGAAGAGGUUGUAGGAGUUCCAGCAUUAGUAGGCUAAUAAAGAGUUCUUCCUAUGGUCGUUCCCUGGCGAAAGGGCCUGUUUCGAUGAAGAGAUCGUUUUCGUUUAGUGGAAAACGGUGGCUGAGGAAGAACGGUAGCAGAACCGAGGAUUCGGUUCCGAUACCGGAGAUCAGCAUACAAAGUAUUAGUUGAUGUUUAGUAGUGUUACACUCAUUGAGGAGAUAAUGAAGUAACGUGCGGAUGUCGAAUCAAUCACAGAGCAAUUGUGAUAUACUUGUCAUUUGAUUGGUCAUUUUUCCUUAAGUAUACACGAUCCAUACAACAAACGUAUUGUAUUUGUCAUAUAAUUGAUUCAAAUUCGACCAAA